CUGCGGACGCGCCCCUAGAAGGGGUUAGAUUAUCGGCAGACCCCCUCCCGGGCGAAGCAUAAGGGAGACCCCCAGAUCACCCGCUGUCCCCGUCUCCGGCUCUCUAGUGCACCCCCACUCCCGGCACCCCUCUGCGCGCCGCCUGGAGGGCGAGGGCACCGGGCCGAGGCGCACAGGAUGGAGUGGGGUUACCUGUUGGAAGUGACCUCGCUGCUGGCCGCCUUGGCGCUGCUGCAGCGCUCUAGCGGCGCGGCGGCCGCCUCGGCCAAGGAGCUGGCGUGCCAAGAGAUCACCGUGCCGCUGUGUAAGGGCAUCGGCUACAACUACACCUACAUGCCCAACCAGUUCAACCACGACACGCAGGACGAGGCGGGCCUGGAAGUGCACCAGUUCUGGCCGCUGGUGGAGAUCCAGUGCUCGCCCGAUCUCAAGUUCUUCCUGUGCAGCAUGUACACGCCCAUCUGCCUGGAGGACUACAAGAAGCCGCUGCCGCCCUGCCGCUCGGUGUGCGAGCGCGCCAAGGCCGGCUGCGCGCCGCUCAUGCGCCAGUACGGCUUCGCCUGGCCCGACCGCAUGCGCUGCGACCGGCUGCCCGAGCAGGGCAACCCUGACACGCUGUGCAUGGACUACAACCGCACCGACCUCACCACCGCCGCGCCCAGCCCGCCGCGCCGCCUGCCGCCGCCGCCGCCCGGCGAGCAGCCGCCUUCGGGCAGCGGCCACGGCCGCCCGCCGGGGGCUAGGCCCCCGCACCGCGGCGGCGGCAGGGGCGGUGGCGGCGGGGACGCGGCGGCGCCCCCAGCUCGCGGCGGCGGUGGCGGGAAGGCGCGGCCCCCUGGCGGCGGCGCGGCUCCCUGCGAGCCCGGGUGCCAGUGCCGCGCGCCCAUGGUUAGCGUGUCCAGCGAGCGCCACCCGCUCUACAACCGCGUCAAGACAGGCCAGAUCGCUAACUGCGCGCUGCCCUGCCACAACCCCUUCUUCAGCCAGGACGAGCGCGCCUUCACCGUCUUCUGGAUCGGCCUGUGGUCGGUGCUCUGCUUCGUGUCGACUUUCGCCACCGUCUCCACCUUCCUCAUCGACAUGGAGCGCUUCAAGUACCCGGAGCGGCCCAUCAUCUUUCUCUCGGCCUGCUACCUCUUCGUGUCGGUGGGCUACCUAGUGCGCCUGGUGGCGGGCCACGAGAAGGUGGCGUGCAGCGGUGGCGCGCCGGGCGCGGGGGGCGCUGGGGGCGCGGGCGGCGCGGCAGCUGGCGCGGGCGCGGCGGGCGCGGGCGCGGGCGGCCCGGGCGGGCGCGGCGAGUACGAGGAGCUGGGCGCGGUGGAGCAGCACGUGCGCUACGAGACCACCGGCCCCGCGCUGUGCACCGUGGUCUUCUUGCUGGUCUACUUCUUCGGCAUGGCCAGCUCCAUCUGGUGGGUGAUCUUGUCGCUCACGUGGUUCCUGGCGGCCGGCAUGAAGUGGGGCAACGAAGCCAUCGCCGGCUACUCGCAGUACUUCCACCUGGCCGCGUGGCUUGUGCCCAGCGUCAAGUCCAUCGCGGUGCUGGCGCUCAGCUCGGUGGACGGCGACCCAGUGGCGGGCAUUUGCUACGUGGGCAACCAGAGCCUGGACAACCUGCGCGGCUUCGUGCUGGCGCCGCUGGUCAUCUACCUCUUCAUCGGCACCAUGUUCCUGCUGGCCGGCUUCGUGUCUCUCUUCCGCAUCCGCUCGGUCAUCAAGCAACAGGACGGCCCCACCAAGACGCACAAGCUGGAGAAGCUGAUGAUCCGCCUGGGCCUGUUCACCGUGCUCUACACCGUGCCCGCCGCGGUGGUGGUCGCCUGCCUCUUCUACGAGCAGCACAACCGCCCGCGUUGGGAGGCCACGCACAACUGCCCGUGCCUGCGGGACCUGCAGCCCGACCAGGCACGCAGGCCCGACUACGCCGUCUUCAUGCUCAAGUACUUCAUGUGCCUAGUGGUGGGCAUCACCUCCGGCGUGUGGGUCUGGUCCGGCAAGACGCUGGAGUCCUGGCGCUCCUUGUGCACCCGCUGCUGCUGGGCCAGCAAGGGCGCCGCGGUGGGCGGGGGCGCGGGCGCCACGGCCGCGGGGGGUGGCGGCGGGCCCGGGGGCGGCGGCGGCGGGGGACCGGGCGGCGGCGGGGGCUCCCUUUACAGCGACGUCAGCACCGGCCUGACGUGGCGGUCGGGCACGGCCAGCUCCGUGUCUUAUCCAAAGCAGAUGCCAUUGUCCCAAGUCUGAGCGGAGGGGAGGGGGCGCCCAGGAGGGAUGGGGAGGGGGACGAGGAGACCCAAGUGCAGCGAAGGGACACUUGAUGGGCUGAGGUUCCCACCCCUUCACAGUGUUGAUUGCUAUUAGCAUGAUAAUGAACUCUUAAUGGUAUCCAUUAGCUGGGACUUAAACGACUCACUUAGAACAAAGUACCUGGCAUUGAAGCCUCCCAGACCCAGCCCCUUUUCCUCCAUUGAUGUGCGGGGAGCUCCUCCCGCCACGCGUUAAUUUCUGUUGGCUGAGGAGGGUGGACUCUGCGGCGUUUCCAGAACCCGAGGUUUGGAGCCCUCCCUGGCUGCACUUGGCUGGGUUUGCAGUCAGAUACACAGAUUUCACCUGGGAGAACCUCUUUUUCUCCCUCGACUCUUCCUACGUAAACUCCUACCCCUGACUUACCCUGGAGGAGGGGUGAUCGCGAGCUGAUGGGAUUGCACGGUUUGGGUAUUCUUAAUGACCAGGCAAAUGCCUUAAGUAAACAAACAAGAAAUGUCUUAAUUAUACACCCCAAGUAAAUACGGGUUUCUUACAUUAGAGGAUGUAUUUAUAUAAUUAUUUGUUAAAUUGUAAAAAAAAAAAAAUGUGUAAAAUAUGUAUAUAUCCAAAGAUAUAGUGUGUACAUUUUUUUGUAAAAAGUUUAGAGGCUUACCCCUGUAAGAACAGAUAUAAGUAUUCUAUUUUGUCAAUAAAAUGACUUUUGAUAAAUGAUUUAA